ACCCACCAAUCAUCAUCGCAUAUUCGGAGUUGGUUUUUUUGGCGAAUUUCUUCGUUAAAAUUAAAACUCCCGUCGACGACCGCUUCAACCGCACCGUCCCCUCUCUCCUCCCUUCCCCCCCAUCGCGAAACCCUAGAGAUCUCCCCAAAUUUGUUUUAGUUUCUCUGCAUUUACGUGCGAAUUCGGGGUUUUGGAUGCGUAGCUGAGGAAAAAGGAGCGAUUUUUGAGGUGGUUUGGAUUGUGCCGGAGAGGGGAAAGGAGGAGGAGGAGGAGGAGGAGAUGAGCGCGUCGAGGUUUGUGAAGUGCGUCACGGUGGGGGAUGGCGCCGUGGGGAAAACCUGCAUGCUUAUUUCCUACACCAGCAACACUUUCCCCACGGAUUACGUUCCAACGGUUUUUGACAAUUUCAGUGCAAAUGUGGUGGUUGAUGGUAGCAUUGUUAACUUAGGUUUAUGGGAUACAGCAGGGCAGGAGGAUUACAACAGAUUAAGACCAUUGAGCUAUCGUGGGGCUGAUGUUUUUCUUCUUGCUUUCUCUCUUAUCAGUAAAGCCAGCUAUGAAAAUGUUUCGAAGAAGUGGAUUCCGGAAUUGAGGCAUUAUGCGCCUGGUGUGCCUAUAAUUCUCGUCGGAACAAAGCUUGAUCUUCGGGAUGAUAAGCAGUUCUUUAUAGAUCACCCAGGUGCUGUUCCCAUCACUACAGCUCAGGGCGAAGAGUUGAGGAAGCUGAUAGGAGCUCCUGCCUACAUCGAAUGCAGCUCAAAGACCCAACAAAACGUCAAAGCUGUUUUUGAUGCAGCUAUUAAGGUGGUUCUUCAACCUCCCAAGCAAAAGAAAAAGAAGAGCAAGGCACAAAAGGGCUGCUUCAUUUUGUGAUCGACGAACACGCGAACGAUAGCUAUCCUUUUGUCACUCUCUUGUGCUCAUCGAAAGAUCUUAAGCUUGAUGUACAAUGUACUAUUGACAACAGUAGCAGUUGUUCUAAAUUUUCUACCUUUUGCUGAUCUUUGUAAUUGACUUGUUCUAGGAUGAGAAACCUUGUACUUUUUUUUCUUGCUUAAACAUGUUUAAAUCUUCCCUCUUAUAAGAUUACUAUUUUCACUA